UUUAUGUUUCCCAUUUUACCCCUCCUCUCAUAUCUUCUACCUCGUCUAAACUGAAACAUCUCUGAAAGCGAAAGCCACACCUUCCACUGUGUGUUUCUGCGUGAGAGAGAAACUCACAACAAAACCAUAACAAACUCAUAACAAACUCUGAAACUGAAACUACCCUAGGUGGAGCAUGAAAGGUUACAGAGACAAUGGCGCCGGUGGCGGUGGUUACGGAGCUCGGAGUACGACUGUGUACGACGACGUUUUCGGUGGACCGCCAAAGUUCGGAGCUACGACGCUUCCGCCGCGGCUCGAAGACUAUACUGAGAUUUUUCAAGGGUUUCACGCUUCCCGAGGCUCGUCGAUUCCGGUUCUGGAUCUUCCGCCGCCGUGUGUAGACUCCGACGACGUGUGGUUUGAUGUACGGAGCUCUAAGCUUGAUUAUUCUGAAGUUUUUGGAGGUUUUAACGGCUUAGAUUUUGCGCUUUCGUAUGAGGAGUUGUUUGAUAGCUCGAAAGUUGAGGAGGAUGAUGAUUCGUCGGACGAUGUUUGGACUCCGGCUCAAAGUGAGUCACUGUCAGAUGAAUCAGAUCCUCAAGCAUCUUUGGAGAUGAAUCAACAAGUGCCCAAUGCAGAUCUUAACCAAUCAUCCGGUGUGAAGUUGAAGAGUGAGCCUGAUUUUGAAGCAGAGAAAGAUUUCUUGAAUGGGACGACAAAUGAUUCUCAAUGUCUUGAAGUAUCGGGAUCUACUGUGUUAAACAACCAGGCCCUUCCAAGUAAAAAAGAAAACGAGAAGUUUUUCUCACUGGCUAAUAACGAUCUUUGCACAAACAAGGAUCUUGGCGGAGUUGCUGAAGGGAAAAAGCUCAAGAAAUCUUUAUCACAAUCAACGACUGAAAUACAUAAUAGACCACUUCUUUCUGUAUCUGAUCUUAGUCUUAAAACUCAACCUUCAAACCUACCACCACCCUCUAGGCCACCGCCUGCGUUAACAUCAAAGAAAGGAGAUUCUAGUAAUUUCAGUCCAAAACUCAAGACAUCUAAGAGCUAUGCGUUUGAACGAACGACAACCGACCAAUCACCGCCUUUCUUUGAUGUUGAGAUAGAUGCAAGCUCAUCAGCUGCUGCAGAUGCUGCCGCCAUGAAAGAUGCAGUGGAACAAGCUCAAGCAAAGCUUAGAAGUGCAAAAGCAGCAAUGGACCGAAAGAAAGAGGGUCUCCAAAGCCGAUCGAAGAUGAAGUAUAAUAUAGGAGAUAAAAAGGUAAAGGUAAAUCAGAAUUACGAGAAAUCACAUAGUUUUCAAGGUGAGCGAACGAGGAGAUUGUUUGAAAAUGACAGUGGUAUAACAGGGUCUAAAAAGAAUAAUAAUAUCGUCUUCGAAUAUUUUGAGCAGAAGGAAGAUAGUGAAAUUGUACAAGAAACAAAAGAAGGGUUCUUAAGAGAACAUACUGCAGUUCCUAAGACACCAAAUGAUUCUGAUGAAAAUGAAAUGUACGAGAACUUGAUAGAAAUUCAGCUAAAAGAUAAUGAUAUUUUAACUGUGGAAAAAAUAGUUACUGAAAACUGGUUAAAAAAUGAUAUCAAUGGAAGGAAAGGAGAUGACAUGGGAUCAGCAUCCAACGCGUGGGUAGAUUAUGAUGUUGAAUCAGAAGAAGCUACUGAGAAAAAUAAGGAGGAAUUAAAGGAGAACGAAGAGCAAGAUGAAAAAGAGUUUCAGCAAUCGGGCCCGCCUGAAAUAAUGUUAAUUCAUAGUGAAGAAGAGGAUAGUGAAAGAAUAGUUAAAGAGAGUGAUAACAUAUCACAAACGGUUUCUGAGACAGUAAAUGAUUGUGGAGAAAAUGAAAAAGCUGAGACAAUGCAUGAAGUGGAUUGUGAUUUAGAAGAAAAUAGAAAAUUACAGAAGGAAUCCGUUUCAGAAAAUGAAAGCAUCGAGAAUGAACGGAUGGAUAUCAAGUGGGAUGAAGAUGAACAGAUGGAUAUCAAGUGGGAUGAUAAUGAAAUCUUACAAGAUAAAGAAGAUGUUCAACAGGAUGCACCCAGUGUUAAACAUGAAGUGACCCCAGAAACACCUUGCUCAGAGAAGAUAAAAGAGCCGGUUGAACAGUUACAUGAAGUGGAUGAGGAAUCGUUCUCAAACAAGAACGAUUUUGCAGGGGUAAAGGUUGAAGUUAGACCUGCAGAUGUUAUUAAAGGAGCAAGAGAGCUAGAAAAUGAGCGUCUAAGGAAAAUAGAAGAAGAAAAUGAAAGAGAAAACGAGCGUCUAAGGAUAAUAGAAGAGGAAAAUGAAAGAGAAAAUGAACGUUUAAGGAAAAUAGAAGAAGAAAAUGAAAGAGAAAAGGAACGUUUAAGGAAAAUAGAAGAAGAAAAUGAAAGAGAAAACGAGCGUCUAAGGAAAAUAGAAGAAGAAAAUGAAAGAGAAAACGAGCGUCUAAGGAAAAUAGAAGAAGAAAAUGAAAGAGAAAAAGAACGUUUAAGGAAAAUAGAAGAAGAAAAUGAAAGAGAGAAAGAACGUUUAAGGAAAAUAGAAGAAGAAAGAGAAAAGGAGCGUUUUCGAAAAAUAGACCGAGAGCUAGAAAACGAGCGUGUAAGGAAAUUAGAAGAAGAACGAGAAAUAGAAAAGGAGCGUUUAAGGAAAAUAGAAAGAGAGCAAGAAGACGAGCGUUUAAGGAAAAUAGAAGAAGAGAGAGAAAGACAAAUAGAACGAGAAAAGGAUCGAAUGGCAGUUGAUAGAGCUACACUUGAGGCUCGUGAAAAAACAUUUGCUGAAACUAGAGAAAGAGCUGCUGUUGAAAGAGCAACUGCAGAGUUCAGACAACGGGCCCUGGCUGAGGCCCGAGAAAGAUUAGAAAAAGCAUGUGCCGAGGCCCGAGAGAGGUCCCUUGCUGAUAAGGCUAUGGAGGGCAGGCUCAGAGUAGAAAAAGCAACCGCAGAGGCCCGAGAAAGAGCCGUUGCUGAUAAAUUUUCUAUCAGACAAAAUUCGUUACCUUCUGAUCUGGCAGGUUCUUACAGUGGUUUAAGAUAUUAUCAAGCUCCAUCACAGGGUGCAGGUGAAGGUGAAUCACCACAGCGGUGUAAAGCUCGUUUGGAGAGGCAUCAGAGAACCGCCGACCGUGCUGCAAAAGCUCUGGCAGAAAAGAAUAUGAGGGAUCUCAUUGCUCAGAAAGAACAAGCAGAGAGAAGUAGAUUGGCUGAAGGUCUUGAUGCUGAAGUAAAAAGAUGGUCCAGUGGGAAACAAGGCAACUUGCGCGCAUUACUUUCAACAUUACAAUAUAUUCUUGGGCCUGACAGUGGUUGGCAGCCAGUUCCGUUAACUGAAGUUAUUACCACGGCUGCUGUAAAGAAGGCUUACCGAAAAGCCACACUCUGUGUCCACCCGGACAAAUUGCAACAACGUGGUGCAACCAUUCAGCAAAAAUACAUCUGCGAAAAGGUUUUUGAUCUUCUCAAGGAAGCUUGGAACAAAUUCAACUCAGAAGAGCGGUAGCUGUGUCACGUCUUGUUUUGAAGGGAAUGCACAAGUUUAUAUGAGCUUUCUGAAUGAUUUAUAAUUGGUUCGUCAAACAAGCAAACCCUUUCAUUCUUGUCUCCUGGUUAUUCAGUAUUUUUUUUGGGUGUAAAUGUUAGUUUUCUGAGAUGUGCAGGGAUGGAUGAAAGGGUGGGAUCCCAUUCCUAGCAAAACGAAACGUUAUAUCAUGGACCUUGCGAAAUGGGUGGGUAUGAAAUUGAUUAAUUGUGGGAUAAACGACAUUUUCUUCCAAUAUAAUGGGUUGAUAUUGGUUAAAA